UGAUACAAGGUAUGGUGGAUUAUUAUUGACUUUUGACCAUUUAUACCUCCUGUAGCUGCUAGUGGGGGGAAUAUUUCCUUUUUACAGUGUUAACUUAGGUAUUGAUAUAGUUUUGAAAAGGUGGAGUUUGACUGUAGACACCUGUAACCAGCAUAUUGUAGUACAGCAAAGAUUCAAGACAGUUCUUCAGGAGUGAUCUCGCCAUGUCGUCGGCCGGAAGCCAGUUUGGCCUUCUUCUGUGGAAGAACUUUAAACUGCAGGGGAGGAAAAAAGUUGUGACUGCGUUUGAAAUUAUAGCUCCACUAUUUUUCGCUGCCAUUUUGCUUGCUAUUCGAACAGCUUCAAAUUCGGAGUACAUUACCACAAACACUCUUUGGGAUAGAUUUUCAUUGGAGUCUAAUUUGGAAACUGAUGGAAAGACAACAAUAUACUUCACUCCAAAUAAUACAUUCACCAGGGCCCUAAUUCAAAAGGUCAUUGAUUACUCAAAUGCAACGACAAAGGUUGGAUUUGACACUGAAGCAGAGCUACUAGAAGAGUAUGAAAACUUUGACAAUUCUGACCUGUGGGCGGGGGUGGUGUUUACGUCAGACACAAGCACCACGCCUCUGGACCUGAGUUACAAGCUUCGUGUGAUGUGGCGGAAGGGCAAGGCAGACGAUGACCGGUGGCGGACGGACCGCACAUUCCAGUUCUUUCAAGUUUUUGGGCCGCGUAACAAAGAUGCCGACGGCGGGGAGCCUUAUUACAGUCAGACCGGCUUUCUGACACUGCAGUACCUGGUAGACAAGGCAUUCAUCGAGUUGUUGAACCCCUCGAGCAAUGUGGGCGGAAAUAUUGAUGUGGCCCUGAAAAAGAUGGUUUACCCACCCUACCUGAAUGACGUACUAGCCACCGUUCUCCAGCAGAAUCUACCCCUGUUUAUUGUGCUCUCCUUCAUCCUGAAUGCUAUCCAGAUGGCGAAAAACCUGGCCUAUGAGAAAGAGAAGAAACUCAAGGAGGCGAUGAAGAUGAUGGGCCUGAAAACGUCCAUGUACUGGCUGUCCUGGUUCUUCAAGAACUUAGUCUACCUCCUUGCCGUGGUCAUUGUCUACACCCUCCUGCUCAACAUUAAGGUCGGGGAGCGGGGCAAGAUCAUCAACUACACACACCCAACACUAUUCUUCGUCUUCCUACUGCUAUACAUUAUAGCCACCAUCGCCUUCGCCUUCAUGGUCAGCGCCUUCUUCUCAAAAGCUAACUCUGCUGCCUUUGCAUCAGGAAUCUUAUAUUUCGGGUCAUAUUUCCCGUACUUUUUCCUCACCAACAACUAUGAGACAAUGAGCAGAACGGAAAAGUACCUGGCAUGUCUUCUCCACAACAUCGGCAUGGCAUUCGGCAUCAAGUCAAUGCUCAUAUAUGAAGGAACAGGUGAGGGAGCCCAGUGGAACAACUUUGCACAGCCGGCAACAGUUGAUGACAACUUUGCAUUGCUGGACGCCAUGGCAAUGUUGGUGGUUGACACGGUCAUCUACAUGUUUAUUGCUUGGUACAUGGAUACCAUUAACCCCGGAGAGGCUGGCAUCGCUCAGCCACCAUGGUUCCUUUUCAAGAGGAGCUACUGGUGUGGUCUCUCAUCCAAGCCGUCAUACUGGUGUGGAGGCAAGGUGUCUGACUUGACCCUGAUGAACAACGGAGAAGUGAACAUCAACUCACCGCAGUUCGAGAGAGAUCCCCCACAUAGUAGGAUUGGUAUCAGCAUUAGACAUCUCAGCAAGGAGUUUGAACCAGGGUUCAUUCAGCGAUGCAAAAAAUUCAAGAACAAGGUGGCAGUGAGGGACACAACCAUGAACAUGUUUGAAGGUCAGAUCACGUCAUUGCUGGGACACAACGGUGCUGGCAAAACAACCACCAUCUCCAUGCUGACAGGUUUCCUGGAGCCCACAAGUGGUACAGCGAUCAUUGACGGAGAGGACAUACGGACGGAUAUAGACAAGGUGCGACGUAACCUCGGCCUCUGUCCACAACACAACAUUCUCUUUGAUCUGCUUACAGUGGAGGAACACCUGUACUUUUUUGCUAAGUUGAAAGGCUGUGACAGUAAGCGGGCAGAUAAGGAGGUUGCUGAGAUGAUACAGGUCCUUGGACUCGAGUCAAAGAGGGAUGCCAGGUCCGAGACCCUGUCUGGGGGACAGAAACGUAAACUCUCUGUGGGCAUCGCUCUCAUUGCUGGCUCUAAGAUUGUUAUCUUGGACGAGCCCACAUCAGGUAUGGAUCCGGCAGCACGUCGACAGACAUGGGAGAUCCUGCAGCGAUACCGCGAGGGUCGGACAAUCAUCCUCACCACCCACUUCAUGGACGAGGCCGACAUCCUUGGAGACCGCAUUGCCAUCAUGUCUGACGGUGUCAUCAAAUGCUGCGGGACUUCCAUGUUCCUCAAGAAACUCUAUGGUGCCGGUUAUCACAUGGUCAUGGUAAAGGGUGCACAGUGUAACGUCCAGAAGCUCACAGAACUCGUGCAAGCCCACAUCUCUGGUGCAACCCUGGAGAGCCAGAUCUCCGCUGAGGUCUCCUACCUACUGCCCUUCAACGAGUCACGCAAAUUUGAGGCCCUCUUCCAAGAGGUGGAGGGGAAAAUGAAGGAACUUGGUGUCAACAGCUUUGGCGUGUCCGCUACUACCAUGGAGGAAGUUUUCCUCAAGGUUGGAGAGGGAGUCGCAGAUGAAGAUGAGGCCAGCCCAGGAAUACCCAACCCUGCGUACGAAAACAUGGAGCACCAACAAAGCUCAGGGGCCAUGGAGAAGAGGGUAAGACUGCCGCCUAUUGACCAACAUUUGAGGCCCAGCAUGGGACGUGAUGAGAAGAAUGUGAAUGGAUUUUCACAUGUUCCUCCCCCAGCUGCACCAGCUGUGGCUUUCGAAAAUGGCUUUAACCCGAAUGGAAAGAAGGAAAGCAUCAUCCCAAUGAAGGAACCACAAGUGAAUUAUAUUGCAUACAAUGCAGGCAUCAGGAAGAACACUGGACUAUCCCUUACAAUGCAGCAGUUUUAUGGUAUGUUAGUGAAGAAGAUGCUCCACGCAGUGCGGAACCUCACAGUGGCUGCCGCCCAGCUCCUUCUACCCAUCAUAUUUACUGCCCUCGCUCUCUCUGUCGAGAAAGCCAUCCCCUCCAUCGGUGACUCUCCAGCCCUUGCUCUUAACCUGGCCCCGUUCUCAGACUACGAUGUUGCCUACAGCGGGGGUGUGAAUAGCAACACAGCAUCUAAUCUAUUUGCUACAACAUUCAAAAAUCAAUUUUCAAAAACAUCUGAUGUUGAUAGGACAGCAUACGCAACUAUGGAUGAUUACUUUGCUAGAAAACAGAGUGAAGCUGGAACUUCAACUUUCAACAGGCAGUAUAUAAUUGCUGGAGACUUUGAUUACAACAGCACUAGCACACUGACUUCAACAGCCCAUUUCAAUGGCCAGCCUUACCAUAGUACAGCCAUCGCCUUACACUACAUGAUGAACAGCCUGCUGCAUCAUGAGGUCAAUGAUUCUACCAGUUUACAGAUCACCAACCAUCCUUUCCCCAAAAAGGCAUCGGACAAUGUCAGGCGAAUCUUCUUUGCGACUAACGGAACUGGAUUCACAAUUGCUAUUUCCAUACUGUUUGGUAUGGCAUUCAUGGCAACAAGUUUUAUCAUUUUCUUGAUCAAGGAGCGCUCAGUUGGAGCCAAGCAUCUACAGUCAGUUAGUGGGGUGGGGCCACUGGCCUACUGGCUGUCCGCGUUCGUCUGGGACAUGAUAAACUACCUGAUACCAGUGCUAGUCAUCCUCAUACUAUUUGCGGCUUUUGGUACAGAUGCUUUUGUGAACGACAAUCGUCUGGGCAUUACUUUCCUGGUAUUUAUGCUCUAUGGUUGGUCUGUGCUGCCGUUUGUCUACAUGAUGCACUUCUUCUUCAAGGUUCCAUCCACCGGCAUGGUGGCUGUCUCAAUGAUCAACUUACUCACAGGGUUGAUAUUCCUGUUGACAUCAUACACCCUGAGUAUCCCGCAGCUAGGAACAGAGAAGAUAGGGAAGGCCCUGGAGGUUAUCUUCAUCAUUCUCUUCCCUAACUACAACCUUGGCCUCGCCCUGAUGGACAUGUACACAAAUGCAGGCUACAAGGAUACCUGCGGGCCUGUGCGUGACACGCUGUGUAAGCUGAUAGAGACUGGUACUGGCCGCUUCGCCAACCAGACAAACCCUUGCUGCUUCCCAGACCACUGCGGAGCAGACAGUGAAGCCAGCACAUGUUUCACAUACUAUGAUGAUUUCCUGAACCUGAACAAGCCUGGCAUAGGCAGGGAAGUCCUGCUUAUGGUCAUACAGGGCUUUGUGUAUUUCAUAAUUGUGUUGCUGGUGGAAUAUGGAGUGUUCCGUAAAAUUCAAAACAGAUUGAAUGGGAGAACUUCAUCAUCUGUUGGGUCUCAGGUGGACCUAAAUGGUGAGGAGAAGGACAGCGAUGUGGCAGAGGAGGAAAAGAGGAUUAACCAGACCCCCCUGUCAAACCUACAGCAGUCAGAUGCUCUCAUUUUCAAGAACGUGGAAAAAGUGUAUGGUACAGGUAUUGGUUUCCGUGCUGUGAAAGGCGUGUCCUGUGGAAUUCCAAAGAAUGAGUGUUUCGGUUUGUUGGGACAGAAUGGAGCCGGCAAGACAACCACAUUUAAGAUGCUGACAGGAGACGAGCCCAUCUCAUCAGGCAAUGCGUACCUUAACCAGUACUCCGUGAAAGGAGACUUAAAACAGGUUCAGCAGAACCUCGGUUACUGCCCACAGUUUGAUGCGCUGAUUGACCAGAUGACCGGGCGGGAGACGCUGUACAUGUACGCGAGACUCCGGGGCAUCCAGGAGGAGCAGAUCAAGGACAUUGUUAACCAGGUUAUUGACGUCAUGAUGCUGGACAAGCAUGCCGACAAGGAGUGCGGAGUGUACAGUGGAGGCAACAAGCGAAAGUUGAGUACAGCUAUAGCCCUGAUUGGAGACCCUCCUUUCAUCUUCCUGGAUGAGCCCACCACAGGCAUGGACCCGGGAGCACGACGUCAGCUCUGGAAUGUCCUGUCUGAUGUACGUGCCAGCGGCAGGACUCUCAUACUCACAUCUCACAGCAUGGAGGAGUGUGACGCCCUGUGUACAAAGAUCGUGAUCAUGGUCAAUGGGAGAUUUGUCUGUCUCGGCAGCCCCCAGCACCUCAAGAACAAAUUUGGUCAUGGAUACACGCUUUUCUGUCGCAUGAAGCUUCAAGAUGGGACUGUGGUGAGCAGCGAGCCCCUCGUCGAACAUCUCAAGGGAAUAUUUAUGGAUCUGGAGGUCUUUGAUACAAAUCAGGGCUACGUGCAUUUCCGUAUACCCGACGAUAACGCCAAGUUGGCACAGAUUUUCGGCCUUAUGGAACAAGCGAAGGAAAAGUACAAUGUGGAUGACUAUUCUGUACACCAGACCACUCUGGAACAAAUUUUCCUGACAUUUACCCAGAAUCAAGUAGCGCCUGCAGAAAAGGAACAGAAAAAGUGUUGCAGGUUCUUUUGUUAGGCAGCACGUACACUAACUCGGUUAUCUCACCAUCACCUCAAUGACUGGUAACCAUGGCAACCAUGAUGUUGUUUUGUUCUGAUGUUUAUAUAUAGUUUUAAAAUUGCAAAUUCUUUUUUAUGUUGUUUGUUUGACAUUGACUAAUAUUACUGAAAGCAUAUAGCUUUAAAGCUCAUGACCUAAUGAAAAUUAUUUAUUAUUUUUUAUAUACAGAAAUGGUCUAUGUUAUUUGUUAAAUAUACAUGUAAAUGGUCCAAGGAACAGAUAUCAGAUCUCUGAUAACUUGUUACAUACAUUUAACUGUGAUACUUUGACACCUCACAAACAGUAGUUCUUUAUUAUCAAUAUGUGACUUUCUUUGUGUUAUUUCAUCACCACGUGAUUAAGUGAGAAUGCAUAAUGCACCAUUUUAAAGCUCAAAAAGGAUUUUCGAUAAAACUAGGAGAACAGCGUAAAAAAAAAAUAUCCAAAUUAUGGAUAACGACACAGCGUUUAGUGUGCAAUUUUAUGAUAGUUCCGUCUUCACCAAUAACAAACAAGCUGUCAAACUUCAAUUAUUUUAAAUCUUUUCUGUUGAUGUUUGUAUAUUACAAAUGUUCUUACUGUUUUGCGCAUCUGUGAAUGAUACAAGAUUAUUUAACCUCUGCCUUAAAAGCACUGAGAGACUGACAAAUGUUGGAUUAACAUAUAAAAAUGAAGCAUUAUAAAUGUACUGUAGUUUUACAUUACUGUUGUGUUGUAGUAGACCUCAAUGUGUGCACAUGUGCUUCAGUUAUGAGUUGUAUUUUGCAGUGUAACUUACAUGUACUUAUAUUGCAUAGGAAUGGAAUAUGACCAUCCAUUUUAGGCAGGUUAAAUGGUUUGAUUUCACCAACAUCUCCCCUGAAAAUAAAUUUGGUCAGUUGGAAUAACUUUUCUUUAAAUUUUCACAAUUGAAUCACAGCAUUACCAUGUCCUUGGUCUUUCAGUACACAUGUACUCUGAUGACCUUGAUAUAUUAACAUUAUUUUACAUCUUGUAUAUUUCAUGUGUAUUCUAGCAGUUAACAAACACAAGGUGUGAAAAAUGACAUAAGAAUAUAUCACAAAAUUAUAUUUAAGGUUGGCUGGGUCAAGUUGGUGGAAACAAACUAUUUCUUGCCUAAUUCUUAUAUCUGUGAUGUACUACUUUAUUUAUUUUUAACGUUAUACAACUUGUUACAAGCCAAGUAAUUUAUCAAAAAGGCUGAUGAAAUCCAUUCCUUUAUAAUUUAGUUAUUGCAUUGUUUUCUUGCCAUUCCCAUGCAUGUACUCAGUAUCUGUUAUAGCGUCUUCUUAUUGUCAUGUUAGAUUUAAGAGACCCGUUGAACAAAACUGAAGUACAUAUGAGUGGGAAGUCAUUAUCUCAAGUUAAAAUAAGUGAUCAAUUGUUAAAAAAAAAUGAAAAAAUGUGCCAAAAAGUUCUUGAUUUUAGCGAGUGUUUUUAUCACAAUUGAAAAUCAAAUGGUCUUAAGCUUUAAAUUCAGCUCUUUUAUUUAAAUGAGAUCUACCUCUUUUUGUUUGGUGAUUAUUCCAACAAAUGACUACAAUUGCUCACUAGAAACAUGAUAAAAGUCCCUUAUAAGUUGGAAUGCAAUGACUGUAGAUGUGGUAAAGGUCAUAAAGGUCAAGAAUGGCAUACAUGCUCAUGUAUACAUACAUUUUGAUUUUUGUUCAUCAAGUUUAUGAGGCUUUAAUUGGAAAAGAACUGCCCUCAAAAUUACUUUGUUUUACAAGGGAUAUUUGUUAUUUAAGUCAAUGCAUAUUUAUUUGUUCAGUGUUAUUUCAUGAGUAGUAAAUCUCAAAUGUUUAACAUUUACAGAUAUUUAUAUCAGACAGGUUCUGCCUCAUGUCAGUUACAUUUCUACUGCAUUACCUAUAAGACAAAGAAACAAUGUGGACAUGAGAGAAAGAAUUAUGAAGUUACAUUUUCUUAACCUGUUAUGUUGCACUGAUCUGGGUUGGGUUUUUUUCAAAAUUGCUAGUAUAAUGUAAGAAUCAAAAUAAGAUGUGUAUUGCUGUGUUGUUUCAUGUGACCUGGUUUGUUGUAUUCAUGUUUUUCAGGAUUUUAUUCCAUUUGCAUUGGAACUCAUAGAAUUGGGAGUAUGCUUAACCCAUUGGAACUCUUAUCCAUGACCACAAACUCAGAGAAAAACAUGGUAACUCAUCUGACAAUUUUUGUCCAUGAAUGAUACAUGUUUUGUUGUUAUCUGCCAAUGGUAUUGAAUGAAAUUUAUUCUUAUGAUUUACACUUGCUUUUUGUGUUUCUUAUUUUUAUUUAUUUUUAUUGACUUUUGCCUAUAUUUAGCUUUACAGUGAUGAAGAAGCCACACACCACUAGGUUUUUUAUGUUUUUAUGUUAUUGCAGCUUGAUCCAUGUUCUUUUAAUGACAAUCCACAUAUAUUUCAAUUCAUUCCAACUUCUAUUAAGAUUCAUGUGUCCACCAGUAUCAAUAAGAAACAAAUCAGAAAUGUAUGUGAACAGUUUGAACUGUUCUGAUUUCAUCUCUCUUGCACUGAAUUGAAAUGUAACAGUAAAAGAGCAGACAUGUUUGUCUGUCUGUUUUUGAGAGGAAAAGGGUCCAGAUAUUGUAAUGGCCUUCUUUGGUGUUGUUGUCAGUGUCCUAAAGCCUUUCAGCUCAAACUCCUCUCACAAUAUCAGACAAGCUUUGCAUCCACAUGGAGUGCUCUUGUUCCUUAAUAACCCGGUACUUUAACUAGUCGGAUAAAUAUAACAGGAAUCCAAACUAAUCAAAACUGUACUUAUUAUUGUUAGGUUACCACUUGUCAUGUUUUUAUUAUACCCAACCUAACAAAGUUGUGGAGUAGGAGGGGCGACAUUGUAUAUAGAAAUGAUUUUGUCAGAUGGUUGGUUGGUUAACCUUGUCAAGACUAUAACUCAUGAAAAGGUCGACGACUUGGCUCUCAUGUUUAAUACCUCAAACUUUGAUCAUAUUCGAGCCCAUUUUCAACUGAAAAUUUGCAAGAAAACAUUGUGUCCAGACAAUAACUCAUAAAAGAAUAGUGGACAGAUUUAUAUAUUGUUUGGUACAGAUUUUUAACACUAAAAAUCAGUUUCAAGUUCGACUUCAGUUACAAACCAUUAACUUUUUAUUGAGUUAUAGCUCCUUUUCAACUUAAAAUUUGUCAAAAAUAUGGUAUCUGGGUGAUAAAUUAUGGAAGGAAAAAUACAUUUUUAAAAAAAGGUUCACAUGCUUAACACUUCAAAAUACAAAACGAGUUCGACUUUGGUUACACACCACUAAUUUUUAAAGGAGUUAUGCCCCCUUUAUAAAGAAAUAGUUCAUCAAUCCAAUCGGCAUGUGUGAUGAUUUAUCACUCCAACAGCAGUACUUUUUUAUUUGUUUUGCAUUGUAGAUGUUUGUGAGUUACUUGUUAUUUUAUUAUCAAUAAAUGUUCUAACAAAAAUA